AUGAACAGUACAUCACCAGCAAAUUCAUCAGUAUCGACAACAGCAAUUAUUGGAGGUGGAGGAGGAAGUGUUAGCAAUGUUGCUUUGGAUGAUUUUCAUUUCCCUUCUGAUUCCAUCCAAGACCGCAAAGAUGAGGCCAUGCUUGCACUAAAAACUGAUCUGAUGGCUGCACUUAACAAGGAGGUUAAAUCCUUGGAUGAAGAUAACUGGAAGUUUGAAGGACCUCGUUCUCGUAUCAACCUUAUAUCGAGACCAGGUGGAUUUCUAAGCAAGAAAUUACUUGAGUGUAAUAGUUGUUUUGAUAGUAAAGAGAAGAGUGUAGCUGCAAUUUCAAGAGAUUCAAUGGUGGUGGAUGGUAGUAAACAUGAGAAUGCAAGGUCAAUUGGGUCUAGAGGUGGGAUUUGUUCAUUAUUGGAGAUUUGUCAAGCUGGAACACCUAGUUCACAGGGUCUUGCAAGUCGAGUCCUGAGGAAUUUGGCUGUGUUUGAUGAUAUUAUAGAGAAUUUUAUAGAAGAUAAUGUUGGUUUUGUUCUUAUUGGGCUUGCAGCUUCUGGAAUUGCAUUAGCUCAAGAAAAUAAGAGAGCUGGCGUCCAGCCAAGCUACUUUGUUGUAGGAAGUGGUAUAUCUCGCUAA